GUCUGUGAUGUAGCAACAGUUGGGUAUGCUACGCUACGGUGUGCUGUGCUGUACUGUGCUGUUAUGUGCUGUGCUGUGACGUGAUGUGCAUGUCGACGAGCGCUCGGUUCUCGCACAUACCGCAUCGUAGCAGGUGCAUGGUGGUUGCUGUUCAAACUUGAGCUGAGCGCUGGCUCGCUACUUUGCUCGAGGCAGCGAGACGUUGUAGCUGGAGAGUCAGGAAGGCGUUACCCUCCUUGAGGCAUUGGCAACAUUCAACGGCGAGCGGCUCUUCGCCAUCAGAUCUCGAACCCUCACUCGGCAUACUCUCGCUGUAACUGUGCAGGCCGUGUCGACGGCAAGGUGCAACAAGGAGCUUUCCCUACUCGCCGCCGAAGAGGACAAAGUCCUCCACCACCAAAAGCAGACAUCACAAGUCCUGCGCUUGCGGACGUGGUCCCAGUCUGGAAUCCAAAAUGCGAUUCAGUAAGGUGUCCAAUGUAGCUCUAACAUCGCCUGGCUCAGCUUCAGCGCCCGCACCAACAUCCGGUGCAGCAGCACUACUGCUUAAUGAGGAUGCAGCCGCAUCCGAGAACGGCAGCGGCAGCGCUGCUCCAAGACUGACGGCACGCGCGCAGGACUUGCUACUACGAUUCGUGCACCUCGUCGACCCAGCACUCGCCAAAGAGGCAGAGCGAAGGGGAGGUGGUCUUGCAUUCGCUUGCAAUUGCGUGGCUGCCACCCAGGCUCCCGCUCAGGAGGACGAGAUGAAAGCGGGAGGUAAAAAAAAGCUCAAGGAAGGGGCGAUAGAGGGAGAUGAAUGGUUUGGCCAAAGACGGUGCAGUGCAUGUCGGUUGCGUUCUCGAGCGGGAGCGGCACACGGCGCGAACCAGCCGUCGUCUAGCCCGCUAUCAACAGGAGCGUCAACGCCGCAACUGCUGCCGAUCGAGGAUUGGACCGUGCUCUACUCGUACUCCUCUUCCUCUCUGUCCUCAAGCUCAAGCGCAAAUGCCAAACCUGACGCAAGCUCAACCGAGCCGCACGCGACCGACAUUGUCGUGCGUGCCAGCUCACAAGAAAGAAGCGAAGCGCCCUCAGCACAGAGUAGGGACGGUACAUCAAGCACAGGCACAACGCCGACAGUGAAGAGCCUGUUCAGCGUCUCAUCCACUCUCGUAGGCGUCUCGGUGCGGCAGUUCUGGGCGCUCAUGGCGCACUCGGGCAACCGCGUGCUGUGGGACGGCACCUGUGAGCACGGCUGGACGGCCAGAUGGCUUGGCGAAGAGCUGCUGCAAGAGCAAGCGGGAAAGGAUCGCGCAAGGGAACGGGCUGCAGCCGAAGCGCUUGGCGCUAGAGUGGAGAUAUACAGAAUGGGUGGCAUAUUUAUGGUGGCCAAAGCGCGCGAUAUGACCCUGCUCUCCGUCGAUGCGCGGUUGCCUUCCUCAUCUGCACACCCAUCGGAAUCAGAGCAGCCACUCCGCCUCCUGUCCGUUUCAACUUCGAUUGAAGACCCAUCGUACCCGCCACAGAAAGGCUACAACCGCUUCCAGCUGAACAUCGGCGGCUUCAUGGUCGAGGAGCUUCCCCCGCUCCAAGUUCCCUCGUCGUCUUCAGCGCCAUCUUCAGCGUCCUCGCCUUCACCCUCGCCAAUGAUGACGACGCUGCCGCGCAUCAAAGUCACACAGGUCUCUGACCUCGGCGAGACGGCCGCAUGGGUGCCCGCGAGUAUUGUGCGCAUGGUCGCCAGCACGCUCGUCCCGCGUAGCUUGUUCACCAUCGCGCGCGCUGCAGCGGCGCUCAGUGUGCCGCGGGCGCUCGCUGAGAAGCAGGCGCAAGCGGAGACAGCCGAGGAGGCGCAAGGGGGGGGUGGCGUACUAGCAGGCGGCGUCGAGGAGCUAGCGUGCGAGCAGCAGCAACAACAGCAACAUGCAGGCAAAAAGAUCGCAGGCUACUGGCUCCGCAACAGGCGCUUCCCGGGCGUGCUCUUACCCGCUUGGCCACUGGAGCUUGCGUCAGAGGCACAGUGCGAAGAAGCCAAGCAUACCGCAAGUGCUUCACGCGUGCUCGGCAGUGUUCAGCUUCUCGCAACCCCCGCAUGCCUCGAUUCGGCGGAGGAGGGGGACUCGACGCUGACAGCACCAUCUGCCUUGCUCGACGAUGAGCACGCUUCGACGCAUAUGAGCGCAACUGACGAGGACGCAGGACCCUCGGCGGGUGCUGGCGCGAUGUCGAACUUCACGAAUCACUCGCUCUCCACCGCUUUGCUCAGUCUCGGUCACGAAUCCCACACAUUCAACGACGGCGAUGAUGGCGAAGACGGAAAUGUCUUCUCAUCAUCGUCGAUCCCUACCAGCCCGCUUGACGGCAGCAGCAGCAGUGGUGACGGCAGCGCGAGAGGCUCACUGCAUUGCACCAGCCGCGAAGUGGUCACGCGCUUUCGCAGCCGCAGCGUCGUCGAGUACAAGUCGCACCACCCGAGGGAAAAUGGUCAAGAUCGACAGCACCAGCAGCAGCAUCAACACGAGCGGCAGCGUGUCCGCGCCAAGAGCGUCGCGUUAUCCGCCGUUCUGCCCUGUCUCAACCCUGAGACAAGUGCAGAGAUGGUGGCCAAAUCAGUCUUUGAGUCACCCUUUAUGCCGUUCCGGCAGUUUUCUUCGGCGGUAGACAACAGCCUGCGCAGCGGCGGCCCAUUUUCGCAUGCGCAAGCAUUUGCGCCCACGUCUUCUUCGGUUACAGACGCGUCGCCCGUUGGUCUUCCCGCUUGCCCUUUGUCCCCCAGUGCAGGUGGUGGCAGUGACCACAUUGCGAGUGCGAAUGCAUUCAACAAGCGCUCAGCCCCGUCGGCUGCAAAUGAGCACGAGGAUCGCGAGCGCUUCAAGCGCGCGUUACUUGAGCACCACGUCACCUUGCAUAACUCUGCAGGGGUUGUGCUGAAUGCUAGCAAGAUGCAAGCCGAGAUGCUACAGCGCGAAGCUGGCGGGGGGAACAAGCUGUUCAGUGCCGUGCCGAGCUCAGUGACGGAAGACCAAAACCCUAAGGUUGAGGAGUGGAGCGAGACCGCGAGCAGGGUGCUUGCGUCCAACCCCGAGCAUGUCUUCGAGGAUGAUGAGGGACGGUCCGAUCUUCGCAAUGCAGACCGCGACGAUGAUGAUGGCGACGACUCGCCGCCGAGCGAAGAUAGCGAGGACCUAGCGCAGAUGCUCGCCGAAGCACUUGAUGCCGAAUUACCCCAGGGCGAUCUCAACGCACUGAUGAAUAGUGGCACCUUGCCACCAUCGCGCGUGGGCAACGGCACGCGCAAGAGAUACACCAUGCAGCAGGCCGCACGUAUGAGUAUAUUGCUGCUCGCCAGCGCUGAUAUGAUGGCGCUCUCGCUUGCACCUGGUGCCAGACAGAGCAUCGUAUCGAUCGACCAGGCUCACACGCAGGCGCAUCAGGAUGACAUCAAUGUGCUUCCGGCCCCACCCUACAAUGAGCCGAUAGUGUCGUUAGAUCUUGAGCUUCCUCGCUCGACAAGCGCCGGCGGCUUGUCUGAUCCACGGCGGUCUGUCGCCUCAGUAUCCUCGAGCUACUCCUACCUCUUCAAAGGAAGGAUGAAGCAGCGUUCGUUCUCCUCAAGCACCAUGGCGUCCUCAAUCGCGGCCCCAUCGACGUCCAACACGAAUGCGACUGCGUAUUCUACGCCGGUGACCUCCUCGUCCGAAGGAAGCAGCCUCGUUACCGCGUCGCCUCAGCGGCAGGACAGUGCCAACUCGAUGAAGACGGCGUUAGGCGCGAGCACUGGCACGAGCGUGGGUGGAGCGAAGAAGCAGAUGCCACCUGGGUCUGACAUUGAGAUUCUGAGACGAAUGCUCAUUCAGCAGCAGCAGCAGCAACAGAAGGUCCAGCAGCAGCAGUCUCUAGGAGCAUCGUUUGCUAGCACGCUCGCCGAGGCGCCGUACUCGCUCAUGCUCUUGGGUGCUAGCAUCGCUUGGUUUAGCGGGUUCAGCUCCUCCAGCAACGACGUGGUCUCCUCGACUCUCAAACCUGCUUCGCCACAUUCGCCUUCGCUGCUCCAGAGCGCAGGCUUCGCGCAGCCGCAGCAACGGCGCAUCAGCCGGAUCCCCGACGAGCACAGCGAGGCGCGGUCGAUCUCGCGCAGAAACUACGACUGCGUCAGCAACAGCAAGCUGCAUCCUUUCCCAGGUUCGUACAACGUCAAACGUUUCUCGAGUGCGGCAGCAAAUGCGACAGAGAAGCAGAAACCUCGUAGCAUACUCCCUCGGUCGCCGCCGCAAAAUCCGAGGAUGAUGGAGGUGGAUUUCCCCAAAGCUCUUCACCAAGACCUCAGGGACCUCGAUCAGGGUGCACAAAGCCUUUGAAUCAGCCAACUUCGACGAGCCAGCCCUAUACCCUAGCCUGGCUUUCAAGCUUCAUUAUUUCAUCUCCCUGAAUAUAAUGCUUCACUCCACUCCCAUUCCAAUCCUGCAAGGUGAACCCCCAAUGUACUUUUACAUUUCUCACACAUUUCACAUCAUGCAGCACGACCA